CAAAUCCUUUAGACCCUGCACUAACAUGGCAGACAUGGAAGAAGCUCCUGGUUCCCAGCUUCAGGCUGGACCAGCUCUGGCUGCUGUAGCCAUUUGGGGGAGUGAGAAGGAAGAGUUCUGUCUUCCUUCCUUUCAAGUAAAUAAAAUAGACGUACAUACACACACCCUGGAAAGAUAAACAUACACCUUAACAUUGUCAGCCUGCAGGGAAGGAGGUAGACUUGAGCAUAUCUGUAUUCUUGACGUUGAGAGCUCGUACCUUGCUACAUAUACUUUAUUGUUUGAUUUUUCUCAUAAUGUGAAUGAACUUGUGUGUUGGACAAAACAAAGAAAAAAAAAUAGGGAAAGAAAAUCUGAUUACAAAAGGAGAUGAUGAAGAAAAAGUGCCUGCACUUAAGCUCACGGUGAGUGAGCCCUGGAUUAAAAGCUCUGGAGAAAGAGGGGAGUGGAAGGGCCUAGGGUCUUGGGGUGCCUGCUAGUCCCAUCAGGGUUAGGCACCUGGCAGGCAGAGCUCUUGCCUUCCAGGCACACAAUGCUGGCUGCAAAAGUUCCACAAGUACAAGGAACAGCAGAGACCUGCUGCAAAUGCUGAAUUUGCUCUUCGUUGGCCCCUGGCCCCGCAGUCCUUCCUGUCCAGCCUUCCUGCAGCUCUCUCCUCCUCCCUAGCUGUGGCCCUUUCCAGGCCUGCGUCCCAGCCCCGCCCCUCUCUCUCUGGACGCAUCUCUGGGCCCCAUCAUCAGCCGGCGCCGGGCCCUCCUUCCUGCCUCCCUCCCCCUUUCUCCUCCCUCUUUCCUUCCCUCCCUUCCUCCCUCUCUCCCUCCCUCCCAGCUCCUGCACCAGGAAACGGCCCAGAUCCCCGGCCGCCGCGGCCUGACCCGGCUCCAGGCUGGCCGGGAGGAUGAAAGGCCCCCGCUGGGGGCUCCUUGCCACCGGUGCUGGGUCCUAAGUGCUGCCAUCCAGGCUGGCUGCCCGGAUGGCGACCCCAGCCUCAGCCCCAGACACACGGGCUCUCGUGGCUGACUUUGUAGGCUACAAGCUGAGGCAGAAGGGUUAUGUCUGUGGGGCUGGCCCCGGAGAGGGCCCAGCAGCUAACCCGCUGCAUCAAGCCAUGAGGGCAGCUGGAGAUGAAUUUGAGACCCGCUUCCGGCAGAACUUCUCCGAUCUGGCCGCCCAGUUGCAUGUGACCCCGGGCUCAGCUCAGCAGAGCUUCACCCAAGUCUGUGAUGAACUCUUCCAAAGGGGUCCCAACUGGGGCCGUGUGGUGGCCUUCUUUGCCUUUGGGGCCGCGCUGUGCGCCGAAAGUGUCAACAAGGAGAUGGAGCCCCUGGUGGGACAAGUGCAGGAAUGGAUGGUGGCCUACCUGGAAACGCAGCUGGCCGACUGGAUCCACAGCAGCGGGGGCUGGGCGGAGUUCACAGCUCUAUACGGGGAUCGGGCCCUGGAGGAGGCACGGCGUCUGCGGGAGGGCACCUGGGCAUCAGUGAGGACAGUGCUGACGGGGGCCGUGGCACUGGGGGCCCUGGUAACUGUAGGGGCCUUUUUUGCUAGCAAAUGAGAGUGUCCAGGGCCAGGCAGAGCCAGGUGUGGCUGUGGGCCAAGAGAGCAGGAACAGGAUGGAGAAAUGCCCUAGGAGGAAGUGGGGGGUGAAUGCUGGAUAGGCGUAGGCUGGAGCAGGGUGAUGUGUGAGGGAGCGAGUAGGCCGAGCAGGCAGACUGAAGAGGGAGAUGGAAGCUUUGGGGGAAGGUCUGAGUAUGAUCAGGGGCCAGCAGGUAGAGUCAUUCCAAGGUGUGAGAAGUAGAGGGAUUAGGGAUGUAUACAUACAGCUACCUGGAGCUUGGCUUGCAGCUCUGAGCAAAGUGGUCUUGUGUACGGAGCUGUGACUCUAUUGGAUGAGUGGCAUUUGGGGAACAUAGAAGGCACAUAUUGCCCCUUUGGGAUGGAACCUUGGGGGAGUUUCAGGUAUUUUGGAGGGAUGGCUGGGCUCCUGGGUUGCUUGGAUAUGUGUGUGCAUGUGCACGUAAGGGGCUGCUUUCGUCAUCUGCUGCUGGUGGGAUUCUUCAAGGAGAAAACAUUCCCUCUGGCAAGAACAGGGGCCAGGGAACAGUUCUCAGCUCCUCCUCCCCUGGUUCUGAUGCCAUAAGACCAAGGGAGAAGAAACACUGUAUCCCCCCGGGGUGGGCUCUGGCAGGUCUGCACAAAGUCCUCUGUCUAGCUUGGGAGGAAAGAGCAGUUCUGUGGCUGGCCUUGUUCUCGCAUCAUCUCCCUUCAUUUGUGCACAGUGCACUUGCUGCUGCCUCCUGGGUGCCCCCCUGGCAGGGCAGGGCUAAGGAGCCUGGGAGCGGGAGGGUUUCCAUAGCUGGAAAUAUCCAUUACUGUCCCCUCCCACUGGGCGUGCUUACAGUGGUUCCCUAACUCUGGGACCUCCACAUCCAAAUUGAAACUCCAAAUUGAAACUCUGAUGUUUUCUUUUUUGAGGGUAUGGGCAUACAUACUCAGUCUGGGUUCCCAAGCUGUGGUCUCAUCUGGGGCUGCUGAUGUCUUUGAGGGGACCAUGCCAGCUCUGAAACCCUGGGCACAAGGGUGUUGGGGGACCCCAUGACUGGCCUGUUCUGUGUGGUGGGUUCUGUUGCUACUGCUUGAUCAGGACCAGGUGCAUGGGUUCUAGAAUCCCCUAGAUUCUAGGUGGGUCCCAUCUCCCCUAGAAUCCAUGGGAGCAUUUGUUUUCUGGAAGCCACGCUAUUUGCAUGGGUGUAACUUGGAAGCUCAGAGUUUGAGGAUGCUCGCUUUAGAAGCCAAGGUUGUCCUCCAAACAGAUUCAGAUUUUAGGGUGGGUGGUUUUUGUUUUUGUUUUUGUUUUUGGGGAAGAAAUGAUUCACUCCAGAUGCAUGCCCUGAGCCAGACCUCACUUCUGCACUUUCCGUGGUGCUACGAUUGCUGCUCUCCAAUGUUGACUUUAGAUCCAGUGUAUCAGUCCCCUGCCCGUCAUGACCCUGAGCACUGAUCAGCUUAGCUAGACUGUGGUGAGAGUCUCACUGGGUCCUAGAAUGUGGCAACACAGUUGAACACAUGUUUACUAGAACAUGGAAGCCAGCUGACCUCAGGGGUUUAGUCCAGACCUUUGCUUUGGUGAGAGGGCUGCACUUUCUCAUGGUCUUUACAGGGGAAGUGAUAGACUGCACAUGCCACUUGAUUGGAGGUGGGUACGCUGCUCUCAAGCUCAGAGCUGGUCUGUGGUGAGCAGCUGGGGUGGGGGUGGGGGGUCUCUGACUUGCUCAGGACGGACUAGGCCAGUGGUUUUCAAACUGCUCUGCAGAGCCCCGAAGUGUCCUAGGGGUUGCCUCAGGAGUCCUUUUGGGGAGAAGGAGGGGGCACGGGGCUGAGCAGGCUGUGUAAUUUGCCCUCUAACAGAACAGCUCCCCUUGUAGCUGUCUUACAUAUCGGGGUUCAGGGUAAGAUUUUAUUUGCAUUAAGGGGUUUGCUGCUGGGGAAAAAAAAGUUGGAAAACCACUGGCUAGCUAGAGGAUGGGUUCCAGAUCUGGAGCCUGAGUUCUCCUAGGUUUGGGACAGACCCCACCCUCUACCACAGACACCUAUCCUGUCAGCAAACAGGAGUGGCAGGUUGUCCAACAUGCCCUGCUCCAAGGAGAGGCUGUUCUCUGGAAGGGUAAAGGGCUGGGUCUGGAUUCCCAGAAACAGAGGCUAGGUGGGAUGACAGUGGGCAGUUUGGACCUGUCCUGCCCGUCUCAAUGUGAAGUCAAUGAAAACCCCAAGACUCUUCUGUCAGGGAAAACUAGGGACUCUUCUAGAGCCAUAUAGUUCCUUGGGAUGAACUCUUGGCCAAGAAGGCUGAGUAUGGCUCCCAAUUUUUAAAUCCAUUUCUUUCUUUUUUUUUUUUUUUUUAAGAAGGGAAAUAAAAGCAAUUAUCAUUUUUCAAAGAUUAAGAAGUGGGAGAGGGUGUUUCUUGCUCUCCAGAGCCCAAAGGGACAAAUGGGGACUUUGCCUAGGCCAAGGGAGGAGAGGAAGUAGGGCGACUGGGUCCUGCGAAUCAUUAAUCUCACUCCCCACUUACUCUAGGGCAUACAUACACUAUUUUACUUUUUUAAAUCAUAAAACGGCAGGAGAACAGAUUUGGUUAGUUUAGAAGAAGAGAAAAAAAGCUCUAUAAAUAUAAAUAUAUAUUCCUGUAUUUUUAUUUAAUAAUUUAUAAAUACCAAGUUCAUUUGACUUUUAUUUUUGUGUAAUAUGUAAUGGUCGUAUUAAAAAUGAAUAAAGAAAUACAUACAUACAGACAUGAAUAAAGCCCAGAAGUUUACUGAGAAAA